AUGCCGAUCGCUGCAGGCGGUAGCUCUCUCCCAAACGAUGUUGGCGGUGUCCUGAUUUGUACCGAAGCACGUGGGACCGGCAUUUGCACCUGGGAUACAUAUACGAUGGGGGCUUGCAACCAGCUCAAGGAGCCCUACUAUCACAAUGUCACAACCUUCGCCCCGGACGACAACGGGUUCGAGUGCUUCCCGCGCCUGAUGGACUGCGGGGUGGUAUGCAAGAGUCCCACGGGGUGCACGUUUGGAGCUGUCGACUACUGGUACAAGAACAAAUGGGACCUGAGUGCGAUUGGCUGGGAUACACUCAUGGCCAGUUUUGACUGCCGGUACAAAAAGCCAGUAAUUUCUGCGAUGCCAAGAUGA